ACAAUAUGUUUUGUACGGAUGUUUAGUUAUUAACUUGUAAUAAAAUGUUUUCUUCUCAUUUUUGACCUGAUCUGUAUAUGCCUCUGGAAAGGCUUAAGCCGGGGUAUUUUGUGCCUACUUGUUGUUCACAUAUUGGUGCUGACCGAAGUGCUUGGUAGUGAUGAUAUAUUAUCAAACUAAUAAUAGAUAUACAGUUAGCCGAGCAGCGAACUAUCCAGCAUAUAUCUAUACAGAUCUAUGUAUCCUGACCAGAACUAAAUUAUUAAAAUAAUUCUCAUAGGCUCAACUUAACAUCGAACUAAAGAUGACCUUUAUGACGCAAUAAGUGACGCGUUUAUUCUAGAACAUCAGAAAGGUUAUCAACCUGUAAGUAUAAAGGAAUUGCAUUGUUUAAAUGGCCGUUGGUAGGAUAACAAGUUAACUCCUUAAUUAAAUGAGACAAAUGUCUCAGUGUUAGCGUUUUGUUUCGUGUGAUUUUUUCGUGUUUGAUUUCUUAAGAUAUGUGUCAAACGAUUAUUUAGUAGUGGAUGACCAUUAAUCACACAGUAUAUAUAUAGUCUAUCGUCAAUAGAUUAACUCAAGCAAAGUCUUUAAAAACUACAACCACUUCCUAUAGUAAAUUUGUAUUUUUAAACUCGUUAACGAUGAAAUUUUGUGUGUUUAUGUUAUUAAUAACUUCGGUUGAUUUUGUUAAAUCAGCAAACAUUUUAGCAGUGUAUCCAUGUCCAUCGAUAUGUCACCAAGUUGUGUUUCGUCCGUUGACACUAGAAUUACUUAAACGAGGACAUAAAUUAACAGUAAUCACUCCUGAUCCAAUGAACCUAAAAGGAGAGGGAUAUGAAAAUUUGACAGAAAUCGAUGUACACAAUGUGUACUCGGUAAUUAAGAAAUAUUUGGCUACAAAUGGAAGCAAAUCAGAUUUCAUUGAUCAAAUUAAAGGUAUAAUGGAUCUUAUUUCUAUCAGUUUUGAAGAACAAAUGAAAUUAAAGGAAGUUCAGAAUGUUAUCAACAAUAACAAAGAAAAGUACGAUUUGAUAUUAAUAGAGGCAACAUAUGUUCAAGCAUUAGCUAUAUCUCAUAUAAUCAAAGCACCAACGAUGUUAAUAAGUUCGUUUGGAAUGUCUUUAGGAAUUCAUGAAUUAAUGGGAAUACCGACACAUCCCAUUUUAUACCACAGGACGUUCCAAGAGAAGCUAUAUAAUCUAACGUUAUUAGAAAAAGCAAAAGAGGUGUACAACCAGAUAGUAUUUACCAAAGUUAAAAUAAGAGAGGAAAAAGAGAAUGAAGUACUUAAAAGUCUAUUUGGGCCAGAUACUCCAACGAUAAGUGUUUUAAAAAAUUAUAUUGACAUGUUAUUGGUAAAUUUACAUCCUAUCGGGGAAGGAAAUCAUCCUGUACCACCAAACGUAGUAUUUAAAGGUGGAUUAGAAGUACAAGCACGAUCUCCUAAAACUUUACCGCAGGAUCUUCAACAAUUAUUAGACAGUUCUGACCACGGUGUUAUCUACUUUAGUUUUGGUACAAACGUGAAUCUCACUUUACUGCCGCUGGAAAGAAUACAAAUUUUCGAAAAAGUUUUUUCCCAACUGCCAUUCAACGUUAUAUGGAGGCGAGAUAACGACGGAAUUGUCGUAAAAUCUAACAAUAUUAAAGUAUUGGAAUGGGUACCGCAAGCAGAAUUGUUAAUGCACAAAAAUGUCAAGUUGUUCAUAACACAAGGAGGCUUGCAAUCAACUGACGAAGCGAUCAUAGCAGGGGUUCCUCUCCUUGGCAUACCACUGUUAGCAGACCAGUGGAACGUCGAGAAAUAUGUUUACCAUGGUAUUGGACUAAAACUCGAUUUUGAAGAUAUCACCGAGGACAUGUUAAAGAAUGCAAUAUUAGAAGUAGCCGAAGACGAAAGAUACAAGAAUAACAUAAUUCGUCUCCGAUCGCUGAUGGCAGAUCAACCGCAGGCAUCACUGGAGCGAGCAAUGUGGUGGAUCGACUACGUACUGCGACACGGCGAAGCCAAGCAACGAAGAGUCCCCACUGACAACACCACCUGGACGGAGUUCCUACAUCUAGAUUUAAUUAUGUCUAUUGCUUGUUACUGCUUUAUUGUAUAUAUAUCGACAAUCCUAAUGAUAAGAUCUUUAGUUUUUUGCAUAUUAUGUAAAGAUAAAUGAACAAAAUAAAU